AUGCAUCCAGCCAGAGUCUUGUUCCUGAUCGCUGUUGUGAUUACAAGCACUAGUCGAGCUACUCCACAUGGCUUGCCCGAGACGUUCCUCCAGAAUUUCUAUAAGCGAUCGAGAUUGGUAGUAAACGGAAAUCGACCAGAUAAACGCGAAUUCAACGCCGACGAUCUAACUUUACGUUUCGGAAAACGUGGAAUGGAACUUCAUCCAAGCGAUCUUACCUUACGUUUCGAACGAGAACAGAAGUAA